AAGUACAUAUCGGUCGUUUUACAUCAAUUACCUUUAACCUCCUCUUACUUAGUUCUUGCUGUGACGUAGUUAGCGCUACACGAUUCGCGAUCAAUACGUUAUCAUAGCUAUGUGGGUGUUUACAUGCGCGCAGUCCACUGAAUUGUGAAGGAAGUGCUCUGAUGAUAUCGCCGCGUGUGAUAGCACUAAUCUGCAAUACUUAUUCGAUUUAUUCCUGAAAUGUAAACAUCAUGCCGCUACCUGAACUAAUUAAACGAGCAUCAAGUUAUUUUCUUGGCUUGGAGUUUGACGACGAGGACCCACCUGAAUAUGUGGACAACGAAAUCUUAUUCUGCAAGAACAAUGUGUGCGUUCACCCACCGACUAUCGCUAGACAUGAAUUAGAUAUAGUGCAUCAUCCGGGUUAUCUCACAGUGACGACCAAAGUAUUUACAGAUCAGCAUAACAAUGCGAAACGACCUACAUUAUUUCUCAAUUGGAUUCCUAAUUCUACCCUUAGGAAAUGCCCAUCAGCUGUUGAAACGAGCCCGAGUGAGGAGAUCUGUAACAUCAAUAUACCCUCUUAUCCAAAAGAUAUCCCUGUUUCAAAACCUAGAAAGGAGAAAGUAAGAAAAUAUGAUAAUGCCUUCUCUGACUCCUCAGAUACAACGAGCUUGAACUCGAAUUCAGAUAAGCAAAGUAUUAAAUCUUAUGACACAAGGUAUACUCAAAAUGAUACAACGAAAGACGAGUUAAGAAGUGCAAGGCCAACAAUAAAAUCCGCGGAGUCUAUUAAGGAUGAUGUGUACGAAGUAAAAGAUGAGUCUCAAAUUUUCGAAGGCGAUAAACACGUUCGGUCGCAGUCGAUGACUUCAGUUAACAUAACGAUUGCUAAUCCGCAUAUCGAGAACGUUGACUUGACCCCUGACUCGCUCUCGGGUGGCUUCGUGAGGUCAUUGUCGAUGAGUUCAUGUGACGAGGGCAACCCUAAUUGGAUGAGCACUCCAGAAUUUCUGGCCCUGAAACAUAACUUGGUGUUUCCUGACAGCGUGCACAGUUCCCCAGCACCUCAGCGUAGGGCUCCUCUUAAAUGUCGAAGGUUCUCCGUCGAUCUAAGUCAAAUGCGUUCUUUGCGCUUAUUCUUUAAUGAUGAUAACUGCACCUGUGGACAACUUGUGGUAGCUUCAAGGGAGUCUCAAUAUAAAAUUCUACAUUUUCAUCAUGGCGGACUUGACCAUCUGGCUCAAGUACUACACAGAUGGCACUCUUUGCUCCAUAAUAUUAAACUUACGCCAGGCUCCGAAGAACCGAAUCUACCAUACCGUCACUUUAUGGUGUGCCGGCCAGAGGUGCAAAAAUCAGAACAACACCCAGAAGAGGGAAAACUUCCUAAAAUAACCCCAGAAUUAUAUUACGGAAAGAUAAUGAAUAGCAAAGGGGUUAUCGAAGAUGACCUGUUUCUUCGCAAAUGUAUAUUCUUUGGGGGGUUAGACAAAGAGUUGAGGCGGGAAGUCUGGCCCUUCCUUCUUCACUGUUAUCCAUACAACUCUACAUAUGACGAAAGGGAAAUUAUCCUUCAAAUACGCACAAGGGAGUACGAUGAAAUUACAAAGAGACGUCUGGAAAAAAUGACCCCUGAGCAACACGCAAUGUUCUGGAAGUCUGUACAAAGUGUAAUAGAAAAAGACGUUGUAAGAACUGAUAGAGGAAACCCGUUCUUUGCUGGAGAGAAUAACUAUAAUGUAGAGAUAAUGAAGAAUAUAUUAUUAAAUUAUGCAAUAUAUAAUCCGGUUUUAGGUUACACCCAAGGAAUGAGUGAUCUUCUUGCUCCUGUUCUAUGUGAGAUCAAAUGUGAAGCGGAGGCUUUUUGGUGCUUUGUAGGUCUCAUGCAGCGUGCCAUCUUUGUCUGCACCCCAACUGACAACGAUAUGGACAACAACUUGAGCUACUUAAGGGAACUUAUCAGAAUAAUGGUGCCACACUUUUACAAACACCUUGAGAAACAUAUUGACGCCAUGGAACUACUGUUUUGCCAUCGGUGGAUAUUAUUAUGUUUCAAACGCGAAUUCACGGAAGCAGUGGCUCUCCGUAUGUGGGAGGCCUGUUGGGCCAACUACCAGACUGACUACUUCCACUUGUUCCUAUGCCUGGCGAUAGUUGCAGUAUACGCUGAUGACGUCAUAGCACAAGACUUGAACACUGAUGAAAUGCUCUUGCAUUUUAGUUCUUUAGCAAUGUACAUGGACGGGCGUCUAAUACUGCGUAAAGCACGCGGGCUUCUAUACCAAUUCCGCCAACUAGUUCGGAUUCCGUGCACUUUAGCUGGAAUGUGUCAAAGAUGCGGUCCCGGAAUAUGGGACUCUACACAUCGGCCAAGCGUGGAAUGCACCGGCGCACACGAUUUCUGUGAAUAUGCAGUACAAUAGUUUCUUGAAAUGUUUGUAAUGAUUUAUCGAAAUGCUAUAUCGUUGAUUACCCAUGAGCAAUUCUCUUGUAGUUUUGGAACGUUGAUAUUUAAAUUAAUUAAUGUUUUACACGGGUUAUAUUUAAUCCGGAUAUCUGUAAAGUAUACGUAUAAUAGUUAUUGUUUUCAAGACCUAGUACAAAAUUUUAUCAGUAUUAUUAAAUGUUUAUAGAAACAUAGCAUAGAGUUCGUUUUCCAUAUAUUUUGACUCAAGAGAAAUUUAACCGCUAAGUAUUAACAUGUAGCAACACCUACAAUCUUGUGCUACAAAUUACUGCGAUGACUUCAUACCCUGAAACGCGCUAAUGUCAACGAUAUUAUGUCUCCUUCCUCCACAAACACAAUUAUUAAUUAGAACAUUCGGUAAACUGACCAUCAACACGCACUAAAAAAAACCUAAGAAUUGAAGUCAAUUUAAUAAUAUGUAUAAAAUAAUAAUUUUUAUAACCAUAUUUUCCUACAGUUUGUAAGACAAAUGUGACGAUUAUAAUUGUGUAUGUAAAUUACAGCCUGUUGGAAAAUAUUAAGUGACAUAAAAAUAUGUAUGAACAGAUAUUUAAUAGAAAUAAAUUCAAUUGUUUCAUCAUUAUGUAACACCUUUUCUGGCAGCCAUAACUAAAAGUUAGAUUUUGAAAGUUAUUAUUAACUGUUUAGUUUAACAAAUUAGUUUUAUGAUAAUACAAUCAGUGUUUUUUAUUGAACUACAAUAAUUAUGUAUUCUGUGAGUAAAACAAUGGUUGACAAUGAAAGUUUCAUUUAUGGCAACUUUUAAUUGUAGUCCAUGCCUGCUUAUAAGGAAUUGGCGCGAAUUUUAAUUUAUAUAAAAUCAUAUCACACAAGUCAAACAUUGUGUUCUAGUCAUAAUCGUAGGGUGUAUUCACAUUUACGGUAUUUAUUACAUUUUAUAACGUUAUAUUGGUAAAGUUUUAUGUAAAAUUUUGAUGUUAAAUUGCGCGGUACGAAGUUAACGUAACAAGGUACCUGUCUAGAAUUAAAGAAAUAUAACUGUUAAGAGUGGGGUUCUCGUAUUUUAGCAGCGCUAGAACGUCAAAUUAUACAAUGUAGAAGUCGAUAAAUGUUAUUUUUAUCAUAUGCCUAAGGUUUACAUAUCCGUUACCGUACCACCAACUGUACGUUCCGAUUCAAGUCAUAGAGUCUAUAGCGAAUACGGCGAAUACUAUUUGUUACACUGUCAAUAUUAUAAUAGGCGCUAUAUUUGCAAUGACAGCAAUUCUAUCGGUGUUAAAUUAUGAGAAUUGAAACAGUUUAAUUGUAUACAUAGUAAUUAUAUA